GGGCGGGAGCACGCGCCCGCCGCCGCCGCCGCCGCCGCAGCCAUGGCCGAGCGCCGCGCCUUCGCCCAGAAGAUCAGCAGAACUGUGGCUGCUGAAGUUAGGAAGCAGAUCUCUGGACAAUACAGUGGUUCUCCACAACUGCUGAAAAACCUCAACAUUGUUGGCAAUAUAUCCCAUCAUACCACAGUGCCCCUUACUGAAGCAGUGGAUCCAGUGGAUUUGGAAGAUUACCUCGUUACUCAUCCGUUAGCUAUGGAUUCUGGGCCUUUAAGGGAUUUGAUUGAAUUCCCUCCAGAUGAUAUUGAAGUUGUUUAUAGUCCUAGGGACUGCAGAACCCUUGUUUCAGCUGUACCUGAAGAAAGUGAAAUGGAUCCACAUGUUAGAGAUUGUAUAAGAAGUUAUACAGAAGACUGGGCAAUUGUGAUCAGAAAAUAUCAUAAACUGGGAACAGGAUUUAAUCCCAAUACAUUAGAUAAACAGAAAGAAAGGCAAAAAGGUUUGCCGAAACAGGUCUUUGAGUCUGAUGAAGCGCCAGAUGGCAACAGCUACCAGGAUGAGCAAGAUGAUCUUAAAAGACGUUCAAUGUCAAUAGAUGAUACUCCAAGGGGUAGCUGGGCCUGCAGUAUUUUUGACUUGAAAAAUUCACUUCCCGAUGCCCUGCUUCCCAGUUUACUUGAUCGAACUCCAAAUGAAGAAAUAGACCGUCAGAAUGAUGACCAGAGGAAAUCAAACCGUCACAAGGAACUCUUCGCUUUGCAUCCCUCACCAGAUGAGGAAGAACCGAUAGAACGACUUGGUGUUCCUGAUGUGCCCAAAGAACAUUUUGGUCAAAGACUUCUUGUAAAAUGUUUAUCACUCAAGUUUGAGAUUGAAAUUGAACCCAUUUUUGCAAGUUUGGCUUUAUAUGAUGUCAAGGAAAAGAAAAAGAUUUCAGAAAACUUUUAUUUUGACCUUAAUUCUGAGCAGAUGAAAGGAUUGUUACGUCCACAUGUACCACCUGCUGCCAUUACCACCCUGGCAAGAUCAGCUAUUUUUUCUAUCACUUAUCCUUCCCAAGAUGUUUUUCUUGUAAUAAAGCUAGAAAAAGUCCUACAGCAAGGAGACAUUGGAGAGUGUGCAGAACCAUAUAUGAUUUUCAAAGAAGCAGAUGCCACCAAGAAUAAGGAAAAAUUGGAGAAGCUGAAAAGUCAAGCUGAUCAGUUUUGCCAAAGACUUGGGAAAUAUCGCAUGCCUUUUGCUUGGACUGCUAUCCAUUUAAUGAAUAUUGUUAGUAGUGCUGGGAGUUUGGAAAGAGAUUCUACAGAGGUAGAAAUAAGCACUGGAGAACGAAAAGGGUCUUGGUCAGAGAGGAGGAAUUCUAGUAUUGUUGGCAGACGAUCACUUGAAAGGACAACAAGUGGAGAUGAUGCUUGUAACUUGACUAGCUUUCGACCUGCUACUCUCACAGUGACAAAUUUUUUUAAGCAGGAAGGAGACCGCCUAAGUGAUGAAGAUCUGUACAAAUUCCUUGCUGAUAUGAGAAGGCCGUCUUCUGUUUUACGGCGACUAAGACCGAUUACAGCUCAGCUGAAGAUAGACAUUUCUCCAGCACCUGAAAAUCCCCAUUAUUGCCUAACCCCAGAGCUGCUUCAAGUGAAGCUUUACCCUGACAGUAGAGUUAGACCCACGAGAGAAAUUUUGGAGUUUCCUGCCAGGGAUGUCUAUGUUCCAAAUACUACUUACAGAAAUCUUCUCUACAUAUACCCUCAGAGUCUCAAUUUUGCCAAUCGUCAAGGUUCUGCCAGAAAUAUAACAGUGAAAGUCCAGUUUAUGUGCGGGGAAGAUCUGAGUAAUGCCAUGCCGGUAAUCUUUGGUAAAUCUAGCUGUUCAGAAUUUUCAAAGGAAGCCUAUACAGCCGUAGUAUAUCAUAACAGGUCUCCUGAUUUUCAUGAAGAAGUCAAGGCUAAACUCCCUGCUGCUUUAACUGACCAGCAUCACUUGCUGUUUACUUUUUACCAUGUUAGUUGUCAGCAGAAACAAAAUACUCCUCUUGAGACUCCUGUUGGAUAUACAUGGAUACCAAUGCUUCAGAAUGGACGAUUAAAGACUGGGCAGUUUUGCCUACCAGUCUCGCUGGAAAAACCACCACAGGCUUAUUCCGUACUGUCUCCUGAGGUUCCUCUGCCUGGUAUGAAAUGGGUAGAUAAUCACAAAGGUGUUUUUAAUGUUGAAGUUGUUGCUGUUUCAUCUAUCCAUACACAAGAUCCUUAUCUUGACAAGUUUUUUGCUCUGGUCAAUGCUCUGGAUGAACACAUGUUCCCAGUCCGAAUUGGAGACAUGCGAAUCAUGGAAAAUAACUUAGAAAAUGAAUUGAAGAGCAGUAUUUCAGCAUUGAAUUCAUCUCAGUUGGAACCAGUCGUCCGAUUUCUUCAUCUUCUACUUGAUAAAUUGAUACUUUUAGUUGUUAGACCUCCUAUCAUUGCUGGCCAGAUAGUUAAUCUAGGUCAAGCAUCUUUUGAAGCCAUGGCAUCAAUUAUAAAUCGGCUUCACAAAAACUUGGAAGGAAAUCAUGACCAGCAUGGCAGGAACAGCCUUCUUGCAUCAUAUAUCUAUUAUGUUUUUCGCCUACCAAAUACUUACCCUAAUUCACCAUCACCAGGUCCUGGGGGUUUGGGAGGAUCAGUGCAUUAUGCCACAAUGGCUAGAUCUGCUGUGAGACCUGCAAGCCUUAAUUUAAAUCGUUCUCGGAGCCUUAGUAAUAGUAAUCCAGAUAUAUCUGGGACUCCCACGUCGCCAGAUGAUGAAGUACGCUCAAUCAUCAGCAGUAAGGGUUUAGAUCGCUCCAAUUCCUGGGUUAACACUGGUGGUCCAAAAGCUGCCCCAUGGGGAUCCAACCCCAGUCCAAGUGCAGAGUCAACACAGGCUAUGGAUCGAAGUUGUAAUCGUAUGUCUUCGCACACAGAGACUUCAAGUUUCUUACAAACAUUAACGGGACGCUUACCAACUAAAAAGCUUUUUCACGAGGAGCUGGCUCUGCAGUGGGUAGUUUGCAGUGGCAGCGUUCGGGAAUCAGCUUUGCAACAAGCCUGGUUCUUUUUUGAGUUAAUGGUAAAGAGCAUGGUGCACCAUUUAUACUUUAAUGAUAAACUUGAUGCACCAAGGAAAAGUCGUUUUCCAGAACGUUUCAUGGAUGACAUUGCUGCUCUUGUCAGCACAAUUGCUAGUGAUAUAGUUUCACGAUUUCAGAAGGACACAGAAAUGGUUGAGAGACUUAACACAAGCCUUGCAUUCUUUCUCAAUGAUCUGUUGUCUGUUAUGGAUAGAGGGUUUGUCUUUAGCCUUAUAAAGACCUGCUAUAAACAGGUGUCUUCAAAGCUUUAUUCAUUACCAAAUCCAAGUGUCCUGGUGUCAUUGAGGCUGGAUUUUCUGCGAAUCAUCUGCAGCCAUGAGCACUAUGUUACAUUAAACUUACCCUGCAGCUUGCUUACUCCACCUGCAUCACCGUCACCUUCUGUUUCUUCUGCAACAUCUCAGAGUUCUGGAUUUUCCACAAAUGUACAAGACCAGAAGAUUGCAAAUAUGUUUGAAUUGUCUGUGCCUUUCCGCCAACAACAUUAUUUGGCAGGACUUGUGUUAACAGAGCUGGCUGUGAUUUUAGACCCUGAUGCUGAAGGACUGUUUGGAUUGCAUAAGAAAGUCAUCAAUAUGGUGCACAAUUUACUAUCCAGCCAUGACUCAGACCCACGGUUCUCCGACCCCCAGAUAAAGGCUCGGGUGGCCAUGUUGUAUCUCCCUCUGAUUGGCGUUAUCAUGGAGACUGUUCCUCAGCUGUAUGAUUUUACAGAAACUCACAAUCAAAGAGGAAGACCAAUUUGUAUCGCCACUGAUGAUUAUGAAAGUGAGAGCGGAAACAUGAUCAGCCAGACAGUUGCCAUGGCAAUUGCAGGAACAUCGGUUCCUCAGCUAACGAGGCCCGGCAGUUUCCUCCUCACAUCAACGAGUGGCAGGCAACACACCAGCUUUUCAGCAGAAUCAAGUCGGAGCCUCUUAAUCUGUCUACUUUGGGUUCUCAAGAAUGCAGAUGAAGCCGUUCUACAGAAGUGGUUUACGGAUCUCUCAGUCUUGCAGCUCAACCGGCUUUUAGAUCUGCUUUAUCUCUGUGUAUCUUGCUUUGAGUACAAAGGAAAGAAAGUGUUCGAAAGAAUGAAUAGUUUGACCUUUAAGAAAUCAAAAGAUAUGAGAGCAAAGCUCGAAGAAGCUAUUCUUGGGAGCAUAGGUGCUAGGCAAGAAAUGGUGCGCCGAAGCCGAGGACAGCUUGGUACGUACACAAUAUCUUCUCCUUCUGAGAGAAGCCCAUCUGGAAGUGCCUUUGGAAGUCAAGAAAAUCUCAGGUGGAGAAAGGAUAUGACUCACUGGCGUCAAAACACUGAGAAGCUUGACAAGUCAAGAGCAGAGAUUGAGCAUGAAGCACUGAUUGAUGGAAAUCUGGCUACUGAAGCCAACCUAAUCAUUUUGGACACGUUAGAAAUUGUUGUCCAGACUGUCUCUGUAACAGAAUCCAAAGAGAGCAUCCUCGGCGGGGUGCUGAAAGUGCUCCUGCAUAGCAUGGCCUGUAACCAAAGUGCAGUUUAUCUGCAGCACUGUUUUGCUACACAGAGAGCCCUGGUUUCAAAGUUCCCUGAACUCUUGUUUGAAGAAGAGACGGAGCAGUGUGCUGAUUUAUGCCUCCGGCUUCUCCGACACUGUAGCAGUAGCAUCAGUACCAUACGGUCACAUGCUAGUGCCUCCCUUUACCUGCUGAUGAGACAGAACUUUGAGAUUGGGAAUAACUUCGCCAGGGUUAAAAUGCAGGUAACCAUGUCCCUGUCUUCCUUGGUGGGCACGUCUCAGAAUUUUAAUGAAGAAUUCUUAAGACGUUCUCUGAAGACUAUAUUGACAUAUGCUGAAGAAGAUCUAGAAUUGAGGGAAACAACAUUUCCUGAUCAGGUCCAAGAUUUGGUUUUCAAUCUCCAUAUGAUCCUUUCUGAUACUGUUAAAAUGAAGGAACACCAGGAGGAUCCUGAAAUGUUGAUUGAUCUAAUGUACAGAAUUGCCAAGGGCUACCAGACCUCUCCAGAUCUACGGUUGACCUGGCUGCAGAACAUGGCUGGCAAACACUCAGAACGCAGCAACCAUGCUGAAGCUGCGCAGUGCCUGGUCCACUCAGCAGCACUUGUUGCUGAGUAUUUGAGCAUGCUGGAGGACCGGAAAUAUCUCCCUGUGGGGUGUGUAACGUUUCAGAAUGUUUCAUCUAAUGUUUUAGAGGAAUCUGCAGUCUCAGAUGACGUGGUCUCUCCAGAUGAAGAAGGUAUCUGCUCUGGAAAGUACUUUACUGAGUCAGGACUUGUGGGAUUACUGGAACAAGCAGCUGCUUCUUUCUCUAUGGCUGGCAUGUAUGAAGCAGUUAACGAGGUUUACAAAGUACUUAUCCCUAUUCAUGAAGCUAAUCGGGAUGCAAAGAAACUAUCCACGAUUCAUGGUAAACUUCAAGAAGCAUUCAGCAAAAUUGUUCAUCAGGAUGGUAAGCGGAUGUUUGGCACCUAUUUUCGUGUUGGUUUUUAUGGAACCAAGUUCGGGGAUCUGGAUGAACAGGAGUUUGUUUACAAGGAGCCUGCAAUAACCAAACUUGCAGAGAUAUCUCACAGAUUGGAGGGAUUUUAUGGAGAAAGAUUUGGAGAGGAUGUGGUUGAAGUAAUCAAGGAUUCUAAUCCCGUAGACAAGUGUAAAUUAGAUCCUAACAAGGCAUAUAUUCAGAUUACCUACGUGGAGCCAUACUUUGACACAUAUGAGAUGAAGGACAGAAUCACAUAUUUUGACAAAAAUUAUAAUCUCCGGCGUUUUAUGUACUGUACCCCCUUCACUUUAGAUGGUCGUGCCCAUGGGGAACUUCAUGAACAAUUCAAGCGGAAGACCAUUCUGACUACUUCUCAUGCCUUUCCUUAUAUUAAGACAAGGGUCAAUGUCACUCACAAAGAGGAGAUCAUCUUAACACCAAUUGAAGUUGCUAUUGAAGACAUGCAGAAAAAGACACAGGAGUUGGCAUUUGCAACACAUCAGGAUCCAGCAGAUCCCAAAAUGCUUCAGAUGGUACUCCAGGGGUCUGUAGGCACAACAGUGAAUCAGGGGCCUUUGGAAGUUGCCCAGGUUUUCCUAUCUGAAAUACCCAGUGACCCAAAACUCUUCAGACAUCAUAAUAAACUGCGACUCUGCUUCAAAGAUUUUACUAAACGGUGUGAGGAUGCCUUAAGAAAAAAUAAGAGCUUAAUUGGGCCAGAUCAAAAGGAAUAUCAACGGGAACUGGAGAGAAACUAUCAUCGCCUUAAAGAGGCCCUACAGCCUCUGAUAAACAGAAAGAUCCCUCAGUUAUACAAGGCAGUAUUACCCAUCACCUGCCACAGAGAUUCCUUCAGUCGAAUGAGCCUGCGCAAAAUGGAUCUCUAAAAUAAACGCAUUUGUUUUAUUCAUUUGAAAAGAGCCAUUGAGUGUAAAAAGAAGUUAAGAUCUGUUGAAAAAUAAGACUUGGGACUUAAUUCUGGAAGUUAUAGCAUUAAUUUACUCAUUGAAGAAUGCAGUGGCCAAAACAAUAUCAAAUGUAGAUUGCUGAACUUUGAGAAUCAUGGCUAUGGUUUCUAAUGUUCUGGUAAUAUGCUGUUAUCUUUUUUUUAAGACAUUUUAAUGACUCAAAGGUACACUAUACAUUUACCAUUAUUUAUACCAUGGCUAAUGUUAAAUUUAUUUACUUUAAGUUUGUAUCUUUUAAUUUAUAUUACCAUUUAUAGAUUCAUCUUGGAACCAUUUUAAAUGUAGUAAUGCUUAUUUUAAAGGUACUAUUAAAUAUGUGAAUGUUUACACUAA